GCCCAGGCCUCCGACCUGGAAGUUCCUCCGCAGCCGCGCCGGAAACGGAUCUGCCGCCUCAGUCGCCGGCUGAAGGGGCGGGGAAGUGAAGUGGAGUGUGGAGGAUGCUGCCCUGUCAGGAGGAAAAGGCUUCUGCGCCGAAAUAUUGGUGAAUCAUGGAAAACCCAGAGACUGUAACAGAAGCUUAUGUGGCUGUAAUCCGUCCAAAGAAUACUGCAAGCCUGAAUUCUCGUGAAUAUCGUGCUAAAUCAUAUGAGAUUUUGUUGCUUGAAAUUCCCAUUGAAGGGCAUAAGAAAAAGAGAAAGAAAAAGUUACUGGAAACUAAACUUCAAGGAAGUUGUGAUGUAACCCAAAGCAUCUUGGAUUUUAUACUGGAAACCACCCAACCAAUUUCACCAGGAAAUCAAGGUAUUAAAGGAAAACGGGUUCUGUUAAUGAAGACAUUUCCUCUUGAUGGUGAGAAGGCAGGAAAGGAUGCAUCCUUUUUUGUUGUGCCAACAGUAGUAAAAGAUAAUACAAAGUAUACCUACAGUCCUGGGUGCCCAAUUUUCUAUUGCUUACAAGAUAUCAUGAGGGUUUGCAGUGAAUCCAGCUCUCAUUUUGCUACACUAACAGCUAGAAUGUUACUUUAUUUGGAUAAAUGGUUGGAAGAAAGACAUUCCCAGUCACAUUCAAUCCCAGCUUUAUUCCGACCCUCUCCCUUAGAGCGGAUUAAAACAAAUGUCACUAACCCUGCAUAUGCAGUUGAGCCUGGGCAGACAGAGAGCUCUCUCCACAUGGGAUACACUGCACUAGAAAUCAAAAGUAAAAUGCUAGCACUCGAGAAGGCAGAUGUCUGUAUCUACAACCCUUUAUUUGGGUCUGAUCUUCAGUAUACCAACAGGGUGGACAAAGUGGUUAUAAAUCCAUACUUUGGACUUGGAGCCCCAGACUACUCCAAAAUACAGAUUCCGAAACGUGAAAAGUGGCAACGCAGCAUGAGCAGUGUCAUGGAAGACAAGGAACGUCAGUGGGUGGACGAUUUUCCUCUUCAUCGUAGUGCUUGUGAAGGAGAUUCUGAAUUAUUGAGCCAGCUUCUAGAUGAAAACCUUUCAGUAAACCAGCUGGACAGUGAUCAUUGGGCACCUAUUCAUUAUGCAUGCUGGUAUGGGAAGGUUGAAGCCACACGAAUGCUGUUAGAAAAAGGAAAGUGCAAUCCAAAUUUACUGAAUGGACAGCUCAGCUCUCCUCUUCAUUUUGCAGCUGGAGGGGGGCAUGCUGACAUUGUUGAGAUUCUCCUAAACCAUCCAGAGAUCGACAGACACAUUACUGAUCAACAAGGAAGAACGCCACUAAAUGUCUGCGAGGAAAACAAACAAAAUGAGUGGGAGAAAGCAGCUAAUUUGCUGAAAGAAGCCCUAAAUAAACAAUAUGAAAAAGUUCGAAUUUAUCGAAUGGAUGGGUCAUACCGCUCUGUGGAACUGAAACAUGGAAACAACACGACUGUGCAACAAAUAAUGGAAGGAAUGCGUCUUUCCCAAGAAACACAGCAGUACUUCACUAUUUGGAUCUGUUCUGAAAACCUUAGUCUCCAGCUGAAGCCAUAUCAUAAACCUCUGCAGCAUGUUCGUGACUGGCCUGACAUACUCACUGAAUUGACAAAUUUGGAUCCUCAAAGAGAAACUCCUCAGCUUUUUCUGAGGAGAGAUGUGAGACUACCUCUAGAGGUUGAAAAAAAGAUUGAAGAUCCACUAGCUAUUCUUAUCUUGUUUGAUGAGGCGAGAUACAAUUUGCUUAAGGGUUUCUACACCUCACCUGAUGCCAAGCUGAUAACACUUGCAAGUCUGCUACUGCAAAUCGUGUAUGGAAAUUAUGAAAGUAAAAAACACAAGCAGGGCUUCCUAAAUGAGGAAAAUUUAAAAUCUAUAGUACCAAUCACCAAGUUAAAAAGUAAAGCACCCCACUGGACAAAUAGAAUACUUCAUGAGUACAAGAGUCUGAGUACUAGUGAAGGUGUGAGCAAAGAGAUGCAUCACCUGCAGCGCAUGUUUUUGCAGAACUGCUGGGAGCUUCCUACCUAUGGAGCUGCUUUUUUCACAGGACAAGUAUUCACAAAGGCAAGCUCAAGCAAUCAUAAAGUCAUCAGAGUGUACGUAGGCGUAAAUAUAAAAGGAUUGCAUCUUCUCAACAUGGAAACAAAGGCAUUGCUCAUAAGUUUAAAAUACGGUUGCUUUAUGUGGCAGUUGGGAGAUGGAGAUGCUUGUUUUCAAAUACAUAGUUUGGAAAACAAAAUGAGCUUUAUAGUCCAUACCAAACAGGCAGGUCUCGUUGUAAAACUGCUGAUGAAAUUAAGCAGUCAACUGAUGCCUAGUGAAAGAAGUGACUGAAAUGAAUGAAUAAUUGCAGAUUCUGUGGUGUUAAGCAGUUUUAUAUAUACAGUAUGUAAAAAAACAAUGUCCACAUUAAUUGUACAGGAUGAGAUAUGUUAUCUUAUGCAAACAUAAUGUUAUUUGUAAAGUGUACAGCAAUUGUUUUGUUAUACAUUUUUGAAGUUUUUAUUAAAGUCACAAAGACUAAUCUGUGUAGAAAAAGUGUACAUAUAACCAAUUGGAUAAAUUAAAAUACAGUGAAAUGCAUGGUAGCUAUUAAGCACCACUGGAUAUAGUGGGUCUUACAUUUAUGUAAACAUGUAUAGGAUUGGGCCAUAAGUUUAUUCUUGUUUCAUUUUGUUUAUAAAACCUUUGUUCCUAGGCUUCUUAACAAAAGCUCAGUGCCAUAAGCUUCAUCUGUAAUAGUACAUGAAAACUAUUGCAGUCUAGCAUAUGUAUGAAAUCCACAAAACAAUAGCUUCCAAGGAAGGAGUGUCACAUUGACCAUAUUCAACUUCCCUCAGAAGAGGGAAGUGAACAAGCUUCCUUUGUCAUCCAUUAGUUGAUAUUCAGAAAAAAGAAGGGUAUACCUUUUAUGAUACAGAUACACAUUUACUCAAAAUCUUAAAAUCUGAGGGCAAUGUAUUGCAUUUUCCACAUAUCAGAUAAGUACAUUUCUAAUUUAUUCUCAUUUUUCUGAAGAACAGCAUUUUGUAAAAUAUUAUUUGUAUAAGAGUUGAUGAAAAGUAUUUUUUUUAAAAUAAAGUUAUAUUGACUAAGCCA